UUCAUCUGAUGUUUACCUUUUUUCUUAAUUGAUGGAUUAAUUUGAGGAAUUACAUUUUUUGUCCGAUUAAUGUUUUGAUUUAUUAAUUCUUUUUAAUUUGUUAACCUUUGUGUCUCUUUUUUUCCUUUGUUCAAAUAGGUUUUAUUCAAUUAGAACUUUAAUUUGAAGGGUAUUUCCGUCCGGUUUCUCUCUACAUCCAGAUUGAUUUCUGUUUUGGUCUAGAAGAGAGAAAGUUGAGUUUCAUGGUUUCGCCAAAAUCCUGAUCUAAUUUUGAUUCACUCAUAAUGGACAUUAACAUAAAACAAGAACUUGGAACUGACCAGAGUAAAUCAAAUCCUGAACUGUCCGAUUAUGAUGAUAAUUCUUACAAAAUUAAAUGUGCCAAACUUAGCCAAAGGAUAGACGAGUAUAGAAUGGAAAAUGAAAGACUUCUUCAUCAUAUUUGUCAAGUAAAGAAAUUAAUUGAUCGCUAUUCUAAACAGAAAAGUUCUAUGAUGAAACGAUUAUCGACUUACACCAAUAGCAAUUCAAAUAGUUGGUCGGAAAAUUAAAUCAAUUGUGCCGAAGGAUCAACAUUGUAAAAUAGACUCAACAACCUUUCAUCUUUUCUCUGCCAUCUAUCAAACAAUUAAGUGAUAUUUAAAUUUUCGAAACAAUCAACAAUAUGAAAUAUUCCAUUCAACUAAUUGACUAUCAAAAAAGUGAUUUAAAUUUACCUCAAACUUCAAAAUUACUUAAUCAAUUGACCAAAAAAGCUGAAGAUCUACAACAAUCACCUACAACUGAUUCAUUAAUCCAUUCAGUUUCUCCUGAUCAUUAUGACCAUUGGUCACCUGAGAUGGACAGUUACUUCACUCAUCAUCCAGAAUCAUCAGCUCACCAAUAUUAUAAUUUUCAUUCUGAACGAAGCAAUUUAAUGGAACCAUUAGAAGACAAUCUUGAUUACGUUGAUGAUUUACCAGAUGAAAUACCAACCGGAGAAAUUAAAUAUUCAGAUAAUAUGAAUUUAGAAGAUGAAGAUGUAACAGAAACUGAUGGCGAAGACGAUGAACUUGUUUUAAGUAAUUUCCACAAGACAAUUGACAACUCAGGAAACAAUUGGAGCAUUUAUGAUGAUAAUUAUUCUGUUUCUGAUUUUCGAUGUUCCAAUAAAAUCUAUGCUGGUUAUUAUGCUGAUGUUCAAUCAAAUUGCCAGGUUUGGCAUCUAUGUGAAUCUAAUGGUCGCCAUCAUACAUUUACUUGUCCAAAUGAAACUUUAUUCAAUCAAUUGUAUCGAGUUUGUGAUUGGUGGUAUAAUGUUGAUUGUCCUAAAUCAAGGGAAUAUUAUCACAUGAAUCGUGAUCAUGGUUUAAUUAAUCAUCAUGAUUCAAAUUCUCGUUCACGUCCAUCAUCAACACCAACAACAAUUUCUCAACAAUCAGGUGAAGGAGAUUAUAAUAUACAAACAAUUGAUAUAAACGACGAACCGAUAGUUGAUGAUGAACAAUUAAUCCUCGGAACACAAAGGAGAUCGACAAUUAAAUCACCUAAUUAACCAACAUCGUUCAUCUUUAAUUUAUAUAUUUCUAAUUCUUAAACAUCAACAACUCAACAAAUUUUUGUAUCAUCAACUAAUCCAGAGAAUCUAUUUUUGAUAUGAUUAAAUGUAAACCAAUUCAAUAAGUUAA